GCAAAGAAGAAACAUAAAAUAAAGGUGGAUGAAAAAAAAUCUAAGUGGGUAUAUUUACAUUUAAUCGAUGGGUAGUGGAUGUAAACUUUGCUCAUUUAACUAAUUGUAUUCUCAUUUACUACUUUUAUCCUCACUUUUACUUUACAGUUAAUUUCUAAAUUAGUUGAUAUUUAAAUCUAAAAAGCAACUGUGCAGUAAAAUGUUCCACAUUUCUAUAAUGUAUUGAUUAAAUUCAUAAUCAGUCUUAGGGACUGUUCCUUACUUCAAAUGUGGGAUGUGAAACGGGAGUCAUAUAAAAAAAAAUUUAAGCACUGAGGACGGACUUGUGGUGUUUUUUUUGUUUGUUUGUUUGUUUUUUAAUUCUGGGAGAUACAACUUUAAGUGGUUGUAUUUUGUAUUCAUUCUAAAUACAUUUUGAACCCCAAAAACCCACCGGUGGGUUUGAAAGGAUUUUUUUUUUUUUUUUUUUUUAAAUGUCACCAUGAUUACACCAGCCAGAAACUGUAAAAAUACAAAAUUCUCGUCAGAUUUUCAAAUUUUCGAUGGUCCUUUAACAGAUCAUGUGGGAUGAAUGCUUUCAUGAGGAAACAUAACCAUACCUACAGUAAGUUUAAAUAUUGAUAUUUCAUCAAAAUCCCUUUAUUCCACAUACCUGCUAACUGUUUGCACUAACCACAUCCAGUAAGAAACAUUAGAUGCUGUGCUCGUGCAUGCAUGGCAAUAGUGGAAAAAACAUAUAUAUGUGUCUCCAGAAUACAUAUACUCCAGAAUUUUGUUUUCAGCAUUUGUAUUUUAAAAACAUUAAAUCAAUUCAAACAUCAAAGGGUAAAUUUUUUAAAAAUCUCAGAGCAGCCACCAUGCUAAGUUACUGAUGUUACUCCAGCCACUGCUGCCACCCUUGUUUAUUUGCGGUUUAUUUGGGAAAACAAUUAUAUUGCUAAUGCCAGCUACAUACUCUAAGAGAAUUUGCAUUUUGCUUUAGCAACGACCUGUUUGUUUUAAUGAUAUCUGUCGCUCCCUCCAUACUGUUUGCUUGUUGCAUUGGCUCCAAUAUCUACUUUUGACAUGAAUAUAAAAAAUAUAAGUUUUUUUUUUAUGGUGGAGGCAAGGUCAAGCAUUUUCCACCGGUCAUUAGGGAGGCUCAAGGAAAAAUAUUUGUUGCUCUGGGGAGGGUCAAGAUAGAAAACAAUAACAAAGUCACACCACAGCCACACCCUCCUCUUGUUACCUACUAAAAGUCCCUUACAUGUACUUGAAUAUGUAUUUGCAACUUUUUUUGAUGAUAUUAAAUAUACUUUCGUUUGUAUGCUUUGUUGGUGUUUAUGCAUGCUCAGUAUUAUUACGUGAACAAAGUCUUUAUUUCUAAGUCAACAUUCACGUUUAUUCUGAAAGGGUCUGACAAUGGGACGGCGGAAGUGUGGCUUUAGCCUAGCGCGAAUUUUCUUCUAUUUUCUUCAGAGAUCUCAAGUUUAACUAUUGAUUGAUAGCCUACUCAUUUUAGUUCACAGUGAGUGGAAGAGCCAAAUAAAGCAAAGAUACAUUUCAUGCAGAGCAGAGAGUCAGCUGCCGUGUCAGAUAUUUGAAGGCAAGAAAUGGCGCAUGACGGAGAUCUAAUGGACGGUGAUCUGGAAGAUGGAGAGAUCUCCGGGUCUAACUCGGAUACUGAAAUGGGAACCGCCGCCGCAGCACCAGCUCGACCCCAGGUUCCUCCAGCGUUUAGCGGCCAGUCCUUCCAGAACAGAGCCGCUGCCCAGCAUCCAGCCACCGCCUACCGCAGCACCAGUAGGACGGUGGAGUCCAGUGACAGUGACCUGGACUCUUCGGACGAGGAGGCGGCUGUUUGGCGCCGGAAACGCCAGAAAGUAUCCAGUGCUCCCCAGCCGCCUGCCUGUACCGCCCGGCCAGAGCCGACCCGCAUGCCCGUCCCCGGCGCCCUGGGAGGCCGCAAAGUGAACAACAUUUGGGGCUCUGUGGUCCAGGAGCAGUGUCAGGAUGCCGUAGCUGCAGAGCUGGGCAUAUUCGGUAUGGAAGGUGAAGUUAGCAUGUCCAGCAGAAAUGUGGAGACUUAUAACUUUGUCCUGGCCCGUAAGAUGAUGGAGAAGGAGAGGGAGAUGGAGAAAGAGUCGAAUGAAGGAGAGGUGAGCAUGCUGGACGCCCAGCUGGAGGAGUACAUGAGGGGGAGGGGAGGAGGUGAUGCAAAGAGGAAGAGGCCAGCUAAAGAGAGACUAGGCCCCAGGGCUGAGAUGGACAUUAAGGGUCGGUAUGAGAUCACAGAGGACGACCCUGAGGAUAAGGUGACGGAUGAAAUCGCACACAGGCUGCAAGAGCCUAAAAAAGACCUGAUAGAGCGCGUUGUUAAUGUCAUUGGUAAGAAAAAAGCCAUAGAGCUGCUCGGAGAGACUGCAACACUGGAGGAAAGUGGUGGUGUGUACACCAUGGACGGCAGCAGGCGACGGACACCUGGUGGGGUGUAUCUCAACCUGCUGAAGAACACACCCAGCAUCAGUAAGUCCCAGAUCAAGAAGAUAUUCAUUGAGGAACAUCAGAAGGAGUGCAAGAAUAAGAAGGCCGCCCAGAAGAGGAGGCGGCACAUGGUGGCCAAGAAGAUGAAGCAGGCCAUCGGCACGCUGAACCUGCAGGAGCACGAUGAUGUCUCCAGAGAGACUUUCGCCAGUGAUACCAAUGAGGCCUUGGAGUCAUUGGAGGAGGCUGCAGAACAGGAAGAGGAGGGUCAGGAGGAAGCUGCUGUGGGCACUGAGGAGACACCAGUGGUCUACAAUGCUGUAGACCUGGAGGUCUUCUAAGGGUUGUCUGAACUCUGGGAGAUUUAAACAGGGACAUUUAAGAUUAAAGUCAAACGCAACACUGAAAGCACUGUACAAGCACUGUCUCUGCUGAGUACAGAAUCUCACCUGAGUGUCCUUUUUUUUUUUUUUUACCUUAGUAAUAAAAGGAGAGAUUUUGUUAACAGAAAUAUGGGUUUUGUUUGGUACAGCGUGUAUUUGUAAACACAAUUAAACCUUCUGCAAGUUAGUGUGAUUUGUGAUAAAAAUGUUGUUUUCCUUUAAAUCAAAUUCUUGAUGAUCAAAAACUCACCUAAGUUGUUGAGAUGUAUUGGAGUAAGUGAAGCACUCUUGUUGAUUUUGAAAUAUAGUAACUUUCUUUGUUGUAAUUUCCAUCUGGAAAUAAUGAGGUCUUGAUAUAUUAAAUUAAUUUCUGUGAUUGUGGAAUAUAAAUAAAGGUGACUCGGGUAAAAUUACUUCAAA